UAUGUUCUUAGUACAAACCAGUGAGCCUUACACUUGUAAGCUGUGAGCCAGUUGUGACAAGUUUCUUUUGUCUCUCCCCUAGCUCCGAACUCGAUCGAGAUGGCUGACGAAUAUGGCCGCAGUGGCUACGGCGCCAGGUCCAGCGACGACUACGACAACAAGAACAGCAACGAGGACUACGGCCGCCGCGAAGGUGGUGGGUACAACAAGCCCGGCACCGACGACUACGAGACUGGGUACAACAAGUCCGGCACCGACGACUACGACACCGGGUACAAGAAGUCCGGCACCGAUGACUACGACCGCAGCGAGGGCCGCGGCGGCUACAACAAGUCUACCGGCGACGACGAGUACAGCGGCGGCGCCGGGUACCAGAAGUCCGGCGGCGACGACUACAACAAGUCCAGCAACGAGGACUACGGCCGCAACAAAUCCGGAACCGACGACUACGACCGCAGCAGCGGCGGGUACAAGAAGUCCGGCGACGACGAGUACAAGAAGUCCGGUGGUGACGACGAGUACAGCGGCGGUGGGUACAAAAAGUCCGGUGGCGACGACGAGUACGGCAGCGGCGGGUACAAGAAGUCUGGAGCCGACGACGAGGAGUACGGUGCGUCCCGGGACGAGUCUGGGGAUUACAGGAAGGAGGAGAAGGAGCACAAGCACAAGGAACACCUCGGCGAAAUCGGCAGCCUCGCCUCCGGCGCCUUCGCGCUGUACGAGAAGCACCAGGUGAAGAAGGACCCGGAGAACGCGCACCGGCACAAGAUCGAGGAGGAGGUCGCCGCGGUGGCGGCGGUGGGCAGCGGCGGCUACGCGUUCCACGAGCACCACGAGAAGAAGGAGUACAAGGAGUCGGCGGAGGACGCCGAGGAGGAGGAGUCUGGCCGCGGCGAGGGGAAGAAGAAGCACCACUUCUUCGGCUAGCUCAUCUUGGUGCUGAUUUCAUUCGGCGGUUCAGCAAACUUCAUAUGCGCCAGCUUAAUUGUGUCGAAUAAGAAGAGCCGGGGUUUGUGUGUAUGGCUCGGUAUAUAUGUGUGUGUGAAAAUGUACGUUCGGACGUUCGGUAUUUGUGCAUGUACGUGUCGCUAGCUACUGCGUGCAUCUUGUGUUGACCUGUGUGUGGUAUUUGAUUUGCUGAUGCUGUAUAUCAGUAUAUUUAUCUGUCGUACAUGUAUUAAUUGUAUGUACGCAUGCUGUUUUCUCCUA